ACAUUCACAUCAUCAUCACUACAACAACAACAGCAGCAGCAGCAACAACACAUCCGCCUCGUACUCUUCACCCGCCCACACGCACACGAUAGCAGUUGCAGCAGCAGCAGCAGCAGCCGCCGCAGCAGCAGCAGCAACAGCGGCAGCAGCAACAACAACCGCCAUGCACCGCAGCGUUGCAUAUGCGGGCAGCGCGGCGGAUGAGGGGGCGAUGCGCAAACAGCAACACCUGCAGCAACACCACAAUAACAACAGCAGCAGCAGUAGCAGCAAUAGAAGCCUCGCCAGCGGCGGUGUCAGCAAAUUGAAUAAGCUGCUUAAAACGGCAUUGACAACGUCACGCUGCGGCUCAGAGUCACCGUUAGGAGGAGGAGGAGGAGGCUCAACGAUGACGACGACGACGACGACAAGUACAAUCACAAACAACAAUAGUUUUAGUAGUAAUAGUUUAAAUAAUACAAUAAACACGGCCACUCCAACGAUGCCAAUUGCUGCCGCAGCAACAGCAACUACAACUGGCAGCAGCAGCGACAUUUUAAAUGUGGCUGCUGCAUUGGCUGCCGCUGUCGAUCAUAGCAGCAGUAGCAGCAGCAGUGGCGCCGCACGUGCGCCGCGUCAUCAUUUGCAUGGACGGAGCACAACAUCGUCGAGUCGCUCGCAUUCGCGUUCGCCGAGCAGUUAUAGCAGUUCGCAUAGCUCAUCAUCGGCCUCCUCAUCGCAUUCAUCGUCGCAUUCGCACGCGUCCAGCCCGAUAGCGGGCAAUUGUGCCGAUGCCGGUGGUGCUGGUGGUGUCGGUGGUGCUGCUGCUGGCAUUGCUGCUGCCACAACACGCAGCUCACGCGUCACAGCGAACAGCACCUCUUCAAAUCCCAGUGGCAAUGCAGGUGGUGGCGGCGGUGGCGGUGGUGGCUGUGGCUCAUCGAGCAGCAGCAGCAGCAGUUCGAGCAGCAGUAGCAGCUCCUGUCUGGCCGCCAAUCCGGUGGUGCAUUCCGAAGAUAAUCGUCCGCUGGCGAUACGUGUACGCAACCUGCCCGCCCGUUCCUCGGACACAUCCCUUAAGGAUGGUCUCUUUCACGAGUACAAAAAGCACGGCAAGGUCACGUGGGUGAAGGUUGUCGGCCAGAAUUCGGAGCGUUAUGCGCUCGUCUGCUUUAAAAAACCGGACGAUGUGGAAAAGGCGCUUGAGGUCUCGCACGAUAAACAUUUCUUUGGCUGUAAAAUCGAGGUGGAACCCUAUCAGGGCUACGAUGUCGAGGACAAUGAGUUUCGGCCGUAUGAGGCCGAACUGGAUGAAUACCAUCCGAAAUCGACACGCACCCUUUUCAUUGGCAAUCUGGAGAAGGAUAUUACGGCCAGUGAGUUGCGUGGGCAUUUCGAGAGUUUCGGCGAGAUCAUCGAGAUCGACAUCAAGAAGCAGGGCUUGAAUGCCUAUGCCUUCUGUCAGUAUUCGGAUAUUGUGUCUGUGGUGAAGGCCAUGCGUAAAAUGGAUGGCGAACACUUGGGCAGCAAUCGCAUUAAGCUCGGCUUUGGCAAAUCGAUGCCAACGAAUUGUGUCUGGAUCGAUGGCUGUGGCGAGAAGGUCUCCGAGUCAUUUCUGCAGUCGCAAUUCACACGCUUCGGCACCGUCACCAAGGUCAGUAUCGAUCGGACGCGACAAUUGGCACUCGUCCUGUACGACCAGGUGCAGAAUGCCCAGGCUGCUGUCAAGGAUAUGCGUGGCACGAUUAUGCGUGGACGCAAGCUGCAGGUAGACUUUGCAUCACGAGAAUGCCAGGAUGCCUUCUACGACAAACAGGAGAAGCAGCAACAGCAGCAAGCUUCCUCGUCGUCGCGCUUUAAUCGCUACGAGUCGUCGUCGCAGUCACGCUCGCGCGCCUCCUCCUUUAGUCGGCCGCAGAGCUCGAGCGAUAUUUGCUCGCCGGGCAGCAACACGCCGGGAGGUGGUGGCACGUCAGCUGCAGCCAGUGGCACAAGCAAUGCGAUGCCAGCGCCCAGUCUUGCUGCCUCGUCAGGUGUAAACAGCAACAGUUGCAGCGCAACACCAGCGACAUCGUUGCCCUCGUCGGGUGGCAUCGGUCAGAAUUCGUUGCCCAUGUCGCCGGCAGCGAUGGUGCAGGCGCGUAUGCGUAUGGCACGAAGUGCACGCCACACCAUCGACUUUCGCAGCCUUGAGGAUUACUCGAGCAGCUGCAACAGUAACAGCAACAGUCAGGCGCCGGAUGAGGAUGCAGGCGUUCUUAUGCGCUGCGAUUCGCCAGUCAUUGCACGCCUCGGCCCAGCCGUCAAUAACAGCAGCGGAAAUCCAAGUGAAAUGCUCGAUGUGACGCUGAUGAAUAACAGCAUUGGCAGCAUUGCGAACAACAAUCGACGUCGUUGUGGUAAGACAAAUGUAGAUUUGCGCCAUCAUGUGCACAAUCAACGUUUCCAAUUGCCAGAACAACUCGAGGAAUGCCCGUCCAGUGGUGAUGAGGGCGUGGUCAGUCCGCGCAAGCGCUUCAAAAUGGAUUACCAUCAUCAUCAUCAUUCCAAUGCCAGUGCGCAAUCGCAGCUGCUGCUGGAGCAGAACAGCGACUUGUCGUCCACUGGCCACAUCAGCAACAAGCCCAGUCCGCUCUCCAACUGUGAUGUCAUACACGAUCCGCUGAAUCGCAAAAGCGAAAUACGACGGGUCUCCGAAGCGAUUAAUAAAUUUUCAGCAAUUGGACCGCCGCCAUCGGGUGGCCAACACCACGGGAUGAUGCUCAGCUGUCGCCGGCCGUCGAUUGAUGUUGGCGCUUUAUCGGCGCUCUCCAAUUCGUCGGCGUUUCGUCAUGGCCUGGUCGGUGCGAGCAGCAUGGAGCAGCAACAGCAGCAGCAGCAUAUGAUGAAUGCGUCGCUGGCCGCGAAACGACGACGUGUCGCAAACGCCGGCACAAUGCAGCAACUCAGUCAGCCGACGCAGUCGCUGCAGCAGUCCUGCUCCUCCAGUGUUACUCCCCAGAACGUGUCGAACAGCAGCAGCAGCGGUGGUGGUGGUGGAUUGCUGACGCCAACGCUGGCAGCGCCCACGCCAAACGAUGACUAUCAUCAUCAUGCGUCGCGUGGUCGCGGCCAUCAGCUACAUUCCCAUCACUCGCACGAGGCCAGCGGCGGCGAGAGUGCCGAUGGCUCCCGACCAGGCACGCCGCUGUGCGAUGAACGGCCCGAGAUACUGCCCACAGAGCCGCGUCGUCUGCCGCCGCCAAGGGAGCGAGCGCGGGAGCGUGUACGCGAUAUUAUGUGGUUGCCACUGCCCAAAUUUGGUGUGCUCUUCUUUCAGCAGCAGCAACAGCGCAAUGCUGCGGCCAGCAGCAGCAGUGGUGUUAGCAGUGGCUAUUUGCAGCAGUUGACGACAACGACGGCCUUACUCGCCAGCAACAACAAUAGCAACAACAACAACAACUCUAGUCUUAGUGCUGCGACAUUGUCGUCCAGCGGCUGCUCCUCAUCCACAUCAAGCUUAUCGUUUUUGCCCAGUCCCUCCUCGCGCUACUGGCGCUCUAAUCAUCAUCAUCAGCACCACCAACAGCAGCAUCAACAACAGCAGCAGCAACAACAUCACCUUCAUCAACAGCAGCAGCAACAUCAGCAGCAACAGCAACAGCUGCUCCAACAACAGCAGCAAUCGUCCUCAUCGUCUGGUCUAAUGUCCAGUCCGGUGCGUCCGCGUUCGCUCAGUUCCAAUUCGAGCGAUUCGGAUGUGCCGAGUGGCCAGGCAGGCGGUAGUCCGACGUUGGACGAGCGAUUGCGCAACUUUGAGGAGAACUAUGAACGCUGGUCCGGUGGCAGUAGCAGCAACAACAAUAACAGCAACAACACCAACACAAAUCCCAGUCAUAGCCACAGUCACAGUCAUGGUCACAGUCACAGUCACAGCAGUGGCAGUCAAUCGAAUACACCAUCCUGGCAGCUCUCGAUGCACACAACAAAUCUGAGUGGCUUGAGUUCAUCGUCGCAUCUGGUGGGCUCCGGGAACAGCAACAGUUCCAGCGGCACAGUGUCCAGUACAACGAGCAGCUCACGUCACAAAUUUCUCGAUAUUGAUGAGCUGCAGCCGUCGGAUAUUGUCAAAUCGCUGCUAGCAAAGAAAUCGGUGUUCGACGAUGACUUCCAGCGACUGAAGAAGAAUCAGUGGUAUGAGCCGGCUGCGACAGAUUUCAACACGGGCAGCGGAUCGUCUGGCAUUGCUCGGCACGGCCUUUGCAGUGGGAACACAUCGCCGGCGUUACCCAAUCUGGCGGCGACUAAGACAACGGCCGUCAUUGGCAACUGCAGCAGCAGCAGCAGCAGCUGUAAAACUGCUGGCGGUUUGUUGCAACGCUUGAGCAGCUUGUCGCCGAUGAACUCGCCGCAGGCCUCCAUGUCGCCCUACAACAGUCCGUCGCCCUCGCCCUCCGUUGUCAAUGUUAAUGCCAGCAAACAACCUUGUCUAACUGGUAGCAGCACCAGCGGAAAUGCGACAGCAUUACCAACAAUAGCAGCAGCAGCAUCAGCAGCAACGACAACAGCAGCCACAGCAGCAGCAGCAGCGAGUGGUUCAGCAGCAACAGCGGCAGCUGCCAGCAAGGGUCUGCAAUAUCCGUUUCCCAGUCACCCGCCAUUGCCAAAUACAGCAGCACCACCGCCUGCCGUGCAGCCGGCACCACCACCGCCACCAGAGCUGCCCAAAAGCACAAAAGCCAUGAGCGGCAGCAGCAAUCAACAACAACCGCUCAGCAAAAGUCUCAGCGUGCCUGCUGCUGCUGCAAAUGAGACGCGGUCCGUGCUGCAAAAGUUCAACUCUGUGCCAGGCAGCAAUAAUGUGGGCACUACGGGAAGCAACAACAACAACAGCAGCAACACCGCUACCAGCAGCAGCAACAACUCAUCCUCUAACGGUAACAGUUCCUCAACAACAACAAUAACAACAACACCAACAGCAGCCACAAAUGUACAAAAGCCAACGCCAAACAACUCUCUGGAUGAAAUGGUGGUGGAGUCCAAAGGCAACCAUAAGAGUUCAACCAGCUCCACGACAUCAACGAACAGUUGCGGUUCCACCAAAAAGGGCUCCGUCGGCGAUAAGCCGCAUGGCCACAGCAAACACAAUAAUCGUUCCGAUACGGAAAAGAAAUCCAAAAAGAGUUCCUCCUCCUCAUCAGCAGCCACCACCGCCUUCAGCUCCGAUAAGCGCAAGAAUUCCGCAUCAUCGCAACAUUCCUCCAAAUCGGCGACAACGCCCAAAAUGGAGGAUGAGACCAGUGAGUCGGAUGUUCCAGUGGAGAAGUCGGAAAAGCCGGAGCGCGAAAAGGAAAAGCACAAGGAGCGACAGGAAAAACGGGACAAGGAGUUGCGCAAGCAUCAUGAGCGCGAAGAAAAGGAUCGCAGGGUGCAGGAAGAACGCGAGGAACGCAAGGCCAAAGAAGAAAAGGAGAGAGAACGAGAACAACGGGAGCGAGAGCGCCGGGCUCAAGAGGAGCGUGAGCAAAACGAGCGCGAGGAACGCGAACAAAAUGAGCAGCGCGAGAAAGAACAGCGCGACAAGGAGCAGCGCGAGAAGGAACUGCGCGAGCAGGAGGCGCGUCUGGCACGCAUGCGCGAUAUGUCCGCCUAUCACAAGAACAAAUCCGAUGCCAGUUCCGAGGCCAGCAGCUUCUAUGUGGCCGCUGCCACUCCUAGCGAGAACAACAAGGAGAAUGCCACGGAUAUACCAGCUGUAACUACUCCAGCUCUAGCAACUGCAGCUGCUGUCGCAAGUGGUGCAAUAGCAGCAACUGCAAUUGCAGCUGUUGCUACAACCUCCUCCGAGACCAGUGGCAAGGAUCGCUCACGAAAAUCGUCACGAAAUUCUCCUGGACCGCUGGGACGGCAGCACAAGCGACGGCUCAGCUCGCAGGACAGCAAUCACAGCAGUGGCGGCGGCGCUAGUACGACACAAAAUCACGAGGAUUACGUGAAGCGUUUACGCAUGGAGAGCAGCAGUGGCAGUAAUCCCAAUCCCAAUCCGAAUGCCAAUCAUAGCCAAAGCAAUCAUCAGCGUCUCAGCGAUCGCCGCGACUCCAAGGAGCACAAGGGCAGCAGCAUUGGCGUCGCCUGCAAGGACGAGAAACCCAACGCGUCCUCCGGCAAGCCGCACAGCGGCAGCAGCAGCUCCAAGCAUCAUCGUCGCGAGAAGCAUCAUGCGAGCAGCAAGUCUGCCAGCAUUGAGCAGAAUCACAUUACCAGUGAAUCGGACGUUGCCAAACAGCAACAAUUGCACUCGUCCACGCUUAACACCAGCGAGGAGGAACAGCCGCCGCAGCAGCAACAGCAACAAUUGCAGACAUCACAGCAGCAGUUGCAGCCAACGCCGCACAAAUCGCAACGCGAUCGUGAUCAUCACCAUCAUGGCAGCUCUUCGUCCUCAUCACGGCACAAGAACAAACGUGAGCAUCAUCAUCAUCGUGAAAAGAAGCGACACUUCAUCGCUGAAUCCACAAAUACGGAUGAGGAACCCACUCACAAUCCACACAGACGGAUCUCUGCAGCAGGCAGCUCGGCGGGUGAGAUGAGCAGCAAUACAAGUAGCAAGCAGCCGCAACAACCAUCGUCGCAGCAGCAGCAGCAACAAUCACAGCAUCAACAACAACACCAUCAACGUCAUCAUCAUCAUCGUCGCAGCAUGGAGCGAAAAUCGUCGCGUGGCUCGGACGAGGGCAACACCUCUAACAAGAGCACCUCGCAGACGCGCAAAAUGAUGCUUAGCUCGGCGGACUCGGAUGACACCGAUGAUUUAUCCAAGAAGCAUUCCAUAUUCGAUAUACCAGACGAUUGCCCCAACGUCUCCAUGUACGAUAAGGUCAAGGCGCGCAGCUGCAAGAAUAUGCAACGCCAAGCGGAGGAGAAGAAAAUCAUGGCCAAGUUCUCGCAGCUCAAACAGUCACGUGCCAAGAAGACGCGUUAUACCAGCUAUGACGGCGAUAGCGAUACGGAAUUCGAGGAUCGAAUGCAUCAUCCGCACCAUCAUCGCAGCAGCGGCAGCAGCAGUUUCCGCAAUCAUGGCGGUCUAAGCAGCAGCGAUGAGGAGGAGAACGAUGAUGAUGGCUAUCAUCGUAAGCUGUCCCACAUUCGCAUUUUCUCUGACUCGGACGCCGAUCUCGAAGAUGUACUUCGCAUGCGUCAGCAAAUGCAACAGAAUCUGCGUAGAUUAUGCGAUGGCGACGAUAGUUCCGAGGAUGAGAUACGACGCAAUGUCCUUACUCAUGCGGGUAAGCGGAAUUGUCUGUCCACACGCAUUGCCUCCGACUCGGAAUCGCAAUCGCAACCAGCCCCAACAGCGGAGCUCAUCAAACAGGAGCCAGACAUCAAGCAGGAGCAGCUCUCCGAGAGCGAGUUGCCCAAGUUUACGAACAACUCGCAACAUAAUUCGCACUCCUCCAACGAGGAGCGCAAGCUCGUAAAAUCUGAAUUCAAGAAGGAAUACAAUGAGUAUUUCAACUCUAGCUUUACGGGCUAUGUUGACGAUGACGCAGGUGCCAAGCUCAAGGAUUACUCCCCGGAGACACGCAAGAAGCACAAAAAGAGCAAAAAGCGUAUCAAAUCUGCUGCAGAUGCUGCUGCUGUCGCAGCCGGCAAUACGAGCAGCAUCUUUGAUGUUGCCGAUUGCAAGACGAACAACAAAUUCGACAGUUUCGAUGAGCUCAAAACGGAGCAUGACGUAAUCAGCACUGCUGCGGUUGCCACCUUGGAUGACACCGCGACGAUGCCAGCAGCCGCCAGCGAUCGACGUAAGCACAAGGAGCGCAAGGAGAAGAAACGCGAGAAGUUGCGCAAUAUGAGCGAAACUAAUGUCAGCGUCGGCGGCGGCUCCAUUGAGCAGCAACAGCAUCCGCCUCCACAGCCAAUCAGCGAGAAGCUCUCCAAGGAGGAGAGACAUCGCCUCAAGAAAUCAAAGAAAUCCAAGAGUUUGGAGACUUCUGCUGCACGCCUCUACAAUGCCAACGCCAGCAGUGUUACCUCCCCCAACAUAUUGGCGACACCAACUGCACGCGAAUCGUCCUCGUCCAAGCGCAGCGAAGACAAAAUGGAGGACAUCUUUGGCAUUAUCUCCGACGAGGAGGAGGAAGAGCUGGAAGCACAGCUAACCGAUGAACAACCAGAUACGACCAAGGUGCAGCUGUCGACGACAGGACCCAUGGUGUCCGCUGCGUUGCAAACGUACAAACAAGAGACGCCGCUCAGUCUCAAUAGCAGCAACAAGGAGUCGGCGGCAACAAUACAGCAGCAGCAGCAACAACAGCAACAGUUGCAGCAGCAGCAGCAGCAACAACAGGAGGAACUUGAGCUGGAGCGCAGCGAACGCGAGCGGCAUCGCAAGGAGAAGCGCGAGAAGAAACGUCGCGAAAAGACGGCCCGCGAACAGCAGCAACAACAACAACAGCAGCAGCAGCAACAACAACAACAACAGCAGCAGCAACAAGUUGCCAGCAAGCUGGACGACGACAAUAGCGUCGAUAUGGAUGAGGCGGGACGUGCGCUAGAAGCACAACUCAUGGAUGACUUUGACAGCAGCAGUAAGCUGCCAGAGGAUGCCACACCCUCCACAGCGACCACAUAUCGUAGUGAUAUGACGGACGUGUUCCGUUUCUCCGAUAACGAGGACAACAACAAUCCCAUCGAGCAACAGCAGCAACAACUGCAAGUAGCUAGCGAAAAGGAGGCGGCGCAUAAGAGCAAGGAUAAGAAGAAAAAGAAGAAGCGCUCUAAGGAGGAGAAGCAAGAGAAGCAGGAGAAGCACGACAAGCAGCAGCAGCAGCAACAUCAACAGUUGCAACUGCGUCGAGAGGCAGCAGCAACAGCAGCAGCUGCGCCGCUCGCUGUCACCUCCUCUAUUAGCUCCGCUCUUACCAUCAAUGUCCAAGCGGCCGCAAAGCACGCAGGCGAGCAGCUGGAAAGGGAAUCCAAGCAGCACAGUUCACCGCUCUGCAAGCCAUCGCCUAGUUUGCCAUGCCUGCUUGGCGAUGAUGAUGACGAGGAACCACCUCUGCCAGUGCCAGUGCAAAAAUCAGUCACGAGCACUGCAAGCAGUGGGGCGAGCAGCAGCAGUAAUCGCUUGCCUGGUAGUGAUUCACUUUCCCCGGCACGUGAGAAGCCGCGCUUGAUAAGUCCUAUUCCAAAGACGCCCACCAUUAAUUCGAGUCAGAACACCAGUUCCAUGUUAUCCACCCAGUCAGCGGAGACGCCUGUGAGCAGUGGAGCAGCACCACUAGUGACCACGCCCACCUCCUCAACAGCCGCAUCCGCUGCUGCUGAACCAAAAGCAGCAGCCGAAGUAAGUUCAUCGCCAACCAGCGCUGCCUUGGCCAAGAAGAAGGAGAUCUUCAUACCCGGCUUUGAUGGACAACUUGAUGAUAAGAUAAGCGAAUCAGCUGUGCAAUCCAUAUCGGCAGAGUUCAAUACUGCACUGCUGGAUGCGCUUGCAGAUGAGCCAAAGAUUCCGGUGGCUUCACCACCUGGCGUCCUCAAGGAGGACAACAAGUCCAGGGUGACCAUUUCGCAGGAGGAGACAGAGAGUGCCGUUUCGGCGCUCCUUGGCGAAAGUUUUGGCACCUCUUCUACAGCGGAUUACUCGCUGGAUGGCAUGGAUGACAUGACAGCGACCGUUACGGAAGUCGUUGUAGCCGAACCGGAUGAGGAGGCAGCACUGGCCGCCAAGGCCAUUGAAGCCGCCGUCGAAGAGGUCGCCAAUGAGCCCGAACCCGAAACAGAGCCGGAACCCGAACCGGAGCCUGUUGUUGUCUCUGUGAGUGGAGUGGUCCUCGAUGCAGAGGAGGUCAACAAAGCGGUGCAAAGUUUGCGUGAGGAUAUGGACAUCAAGGCGGAUACGCCGCAAUCCGAACGUGAUCUGCAAAUUGACACAGACACCGAGGAGAAUGCCGACGAGGCAGAUAGCAGCGGACCCACCUUGAAGAUCGAUGAAACGCCAACACAACAACAGGAGCAGCAAGACAACAGCAACAGUAGCAACAGCAACAGUUCGUCUGACAAAUGUGACAAUCGCAGCGCCAGCAAAUCACCUGAACUCAAGGUGAGAAAGUCACCGUCAACGCCGACCCAGCCAUCAGUGAUAACGAAGAUGCCGCUGCUGUUACCCAUGCCACCAACGGUUGCUGCUGCUCUGGCCAUUAACAACAACAAUUGCAAUGUGUCUGCGCGACCAGUGCACAAAAUUGAACCACCCACCAUUAGCAAGUUGCAACAGCCGCUUGUGCAGCCAGUGCAAACUGUGUUGCCAGCGCCCUCGGCAACUGUUACCACUCCAACAGCAUCAGCAACAGCAGCUGCAACAAAUCCUACUGUUGCUGCUGCCGCCGCUCGGCCUCUGACACCCGUCAUCAAUUUAGAUUUGUCGAAUGUUAUUGCCAAUUGCUCGAACACACCUAGCAGCAAUAGCUCUGCGUCGCUGUCCUUUGGCAGUCCCACAACAACACUGAAAACAAUGCCGCAGGCUUCGACGCCAAAACAGUUGCCAUCAACAACAGCACAGCAGCAGCAACAGUUGCAGCAGCUGCCGCCACAACGUACACCAUCUUUGAUCAUGCAGCCGCCAACAAUUUCGAUACCAGAGCAAGCGCCACAUUUUGUAGUGCCACAUCUGAUAUUGUCACCACAACAACAACAACAGCAGCAGCAUCAGACUCCUGGGGCCUUUAUGAUGGGCAUGCGUGCACCAUCGCCGCAUAGUCCGUUGUUGUCGCCGGGACGCGGCGGUACGCCCAAUCGUCAGCUAAGUCCAGCAGCUAGGCCAGUUGUUAUGACAGCACAACAGCAGCAGCAGCAACAACUGUUGCAUUCGCCCACUGGCAGCAACAGCAAUCUCAACAUGAGUCCGCUGCCCAGUCCCACAUCGCGUGCUACUGCAACAACAACAACAACAUCGCCGACAAGCAGCGUCAAGUUGCCGCCAAACACGCCCAACAGCUAUCUAUCGCGACAGCAACAACAACAGCAGCAAAUACAGCAAUCAAAGUCGGUCAUCGAGUUGCAAUCAUCGGCGGGUGCACCAACAGCUGCACAAUUGUUGCCGUUGCCAAUGCCAUUGCAGAAGAUGCCAGCAUUGCCGGUGUCGCAUCAUCCGACAAUCAUUAGCAAAGUUGUUACCGUGCAGCCGCAGCAGGCAAUACAAACCAGCCAGUUGACCAACUCGCCACCCAUGGGCAGUUUGCCACCGCACAAAAAUCUGCAUAUAAGUGCGCAGCAGCAGCAGCAACAUCAACAACACCAACAACAGCAGCAGCAACAGCUCUCGCCACAAAUGUUGUCCAAGAUGAAUUCGCAACAGCAACAGCAGCAAUUGCAAAAGUAUAUGCAGGUACAUCAGCAAAUGUUGGAUCGUAAGCCGCCGCAGCAGCGGCAACAACAACAGCAGUUGCCGCCACAGCAUCAGCAACAACAAUUGCAACAACAACAACAGCAGCAGCACAUGCAACAGCAAAUGCAACACCCGCCGCUGUCGCCAGGUCUUCAUCAUUCACUGCCCACGCAGCAGCAGCAGCAACAACAACAGCAGCAGCAUCAAGCGCGUCAGCAAUAUCAAGCUCAACAGCAGCAACAUCAACAGCAGCUGCAACAGCAACAUCAGCAACAAAUGCAUCAGCAUCAACAACAGCAGCAGCUGCACAUACAAAAGCUGCAGCAACAAUUGCAAUCACAACAGCAGCAACAGCCACUAACACACUUAACGCCUCCAUCAAUGUUUGCACAGCAGCAACAACAGCAGCAGCAGCAACAUCAGCAACUGCCUCGCAACUUGCAGCAGCAGCAAGUGAGUCCUACUGGACUCAAUGCAAGUGCCCACAGCUCGCAGCAUAGUCCACAGGCGCAGCAGCAGCAGCAACAUACCUCAGCAAUACUGGUACGAUCGUCACCACAACAACAACAACAACAGCAGCAGCAGCAGCAACAACAACCACAAACGCUGAAUGUUAUACAAAGUGCGCCGCCGGCCCAGAAGAUCAUUGUGCAGCAGCAGAUUGUGCCCGCCCCAACAGCGACCACAGCCAUACACUAUCCACCACUACCCAAGGAUACAACAGCUGUCGUGGAUACGUCACCUGCCCCAGUGUUGCCAUUGAAGACAUCGGAAGGUGUUUCGGUGAUACGCACGCCAACGCCAACCAUAAACUUGGCGGGUUCACCGCAGGCGAACAAGGCAGCCACUGCAGCUGCUGCCGCCGCCUCUUCACUGCUCACCGAGGAGAAUGUGAUCAAGAUUUCGCAACCCAAGCAGGAUGAGCUCAUCGAGCAGGACUCGAAGGAGGUGGACAGCGAUUACUGGUCAGCCAAGGAGGUCAACAUUGAUAGUGUCAUCAAGAAACUUGAUCCAGCAACAGCUGCUGCGGCCAAGGAAGACAAUCAAAACAAGCGGACAGCAACACAACAACAGCAGCAGCAGCAGCAGCAACAACAGCAGCAACAGCAACAAGUUGUUGUGCAACAACAACAGCAGCAGCAGCAACCGCUUCAAAAGCAGUCGCCGCCAGUUGAGGAGAUUUCAAAGCCAGCUUUGGCCACAGAACCCCCAUCAACAGGUGGUGCCGCAACAACAGCAGCGGCGACAGCAUCUGUAACAAUUGCUGCAACGGCAACAAUUGCUUCCAACAAUGACCACGACACCGAGGAUGAAACUGAAACGCGUCAGAUGAGCAUAAAGACCCUGAAACUUGGUCGACCGCCUAGCGCACGCGGCGGUACUGCCAAACGUGGCCGCCAACCGCGUGGCGCCAAGGCCAAACAAGGUGCUGUCGUCGUCGCCAGUUUGCCGGCAAAUGCCAACGAUGCCAGUCUGCCGCUCUCGCCGGGCGAUAAUGGUGUCCACACUCGUCUGCGCAAACCAGCAACGGCACCUGUGACGCGCGGACGCAAAGGCAGACCGCCGCGUAAUUUGCUGCUGCAACAGCAGCAACUUCAACAGCAACAGCUGGCACAGCAACAACAGUCGCAGUCGAAAGAGGCUGUUGCCCCAACAACAACGCCCACAGUUGCCCCGAUUCCUGUGCCAACAGCUGCAGAGAAGAAGGCACGCAAUCAGGCUUUGACGCAAACAAGCGGCGGCUCCAGCGAGGACAUUUACGAGUUUAAUGAUGAUGCAUGCGAUGCAGAGCCCAAGGUUAAGGCAACCACAAUCAAUACUGCACCAUCAGCAACAACAGUAACUGCAGCAACCACAACAAAUGCAGCAGCAGCGGCAGCUGCUGGUGAGGAAACGCGUCCACGUCUCAUACUAACUAUCAACAAGCUCAAGAACAGCAGCGAACUUGAGGCACAAACAGAGCAACAGUCGCAGCAGCAACAGUCGCAGCAGCAACAGUCCCAGCAGCAGCAGCAGCAACAUUCGCAUCCUCAGCUGGAGCACAACUCGGACAGCUGUGAGUCCACAAGCACGCGCAAAUCGCGUCGUCUGCAAGAGAAGGAAGAUCGCAGCACUGUGGAUGACAUCAUCGAAGAUGUGGUGCGAAAUACAAACACACAGCAGCUACAACAACAAUUGCAACAACAGCUGCAGCAGCAGCAACAGUUGCCUAAGGGCGCACAAACACCACCGCGUCGCUCCGGCCGCAAUGCACAGGCAAAGAAAGCGGAUGCUGCACAAACGCCUAAUGCAGUGGGCAGGCCCAGACGCUCUAAGGAUCGCAAGACGAUUUGCGAGCUGCCAGCUAGCAUGCAGCAACAGGAGGAGGCAACACCAGUGUUGCUGCCACCACCGCCAGCAGCAACAACAGCGACAGCAGCAACAGUAGGAACAGUGGCGGCACCGCCAACAGUACCAACACCAGCAGCAACACCGGCUGUCAUUGAACCACUGCCGCCGCCGCCGCCAGCACCACCCGUGGUCAUCUCGAAACCCACACCACAACACCCCAAAAAGAAGGCAAUUGCCGCUGCCGAAAUCGAAUCCUAUCAGGCCAUCAACUCAUCCAUGCCGCCCAUGCAUCAAACCGCUGCACCAGCAGCAACACAAAAGAUAACUGGCGGUGCAGCGGAUGCGGUCAGCAAGGCUCUGAUUGACCCGGUCACAGGCAUAAUUACGGCCGGAAUGCCGCAGGGCAAGGAAGGUAAUUUGCCGGCAGCGAAUGCGGCGGCGCCCGCUAAUAGCAGCAACGAGGCAACCUCACUACAGCAGCAGCAGCAACAACAACAACAGCAGCUGCAGCAGCAGCAGCAUCAACAACAGCAACCGUUGCAAAUCAGUGCCACAGUUAUUGCACCGGUCACACCCCUAACAACACUGAGCAAACCGGUGCAGCUGCAGGUGCAGGAUAACAAACCGCUGAGCGUGCUGGUCAAGAGCAAUACCACGCCCAAUACACAGCCUACGCUGCUCAUACAGCACCAACAGCAGCAGCAACAACAACAGCAGUUUACGCAACAGCAGCUUCAACAGUUGCCAAACAAGCAGCCUCUGGUGCUGACAACUGUCUUGCAGCAUGCGCAGCACAGCACAGUGCGUCCACCGCAACCACUCAAGGCGCAUGUGCUGAAUCGCGAGAAGAAUCUACAGCAACAGCAACAACAGCAGCAGCAACAACAACAACAACAGUUGACGCCCAACAAGCAACAGCAACCAGCGCAUGCUGGCCACAUGUUGCUCACAGAUGCUGCCGGCAAUCCGCAGCUGUUGCAGCCAAAUAUUAUGGCUCGUCACCUGAUAGGACAACAGCAGCAGCAGCAGCCAACACCACAGCAACAGCAUCUGCUGGUGAAUAUACCACCACCAGCAGCGCAUUCGCCGCACUCGCCGCGAAUAACAGUCGCGCAACAGCAGCAACCCAAUCCUGCGCCACUGCAGCAGCAACAACAGCAGACGCUGGUCAUCAAGCAGGCUAAUGCUGUUAAUGCAACAGCAGCACCACAUCCACAAAUCUUGCAUGUGGUUAGCUCGAAGGCUUCAGUUUUGCCACAACAACAUCAACAACAACAGCAACAACUGCCAAACCAGCAGCAGAUAAACAAGCAAAACUUUGGCUAUGCUCAACAGGCGCCGCCACAGCAACAGCAGCAGCAGCCAAUGGUGCAACAGCAACAACUGUAUAAACCACCAGUGCAACAACAGAAGAGUUCACCACCGGUGCAGCUGACUCCACACAAUCUGCUGCUGCCCACACAUCAUCCGGCGCUGUUGUUGCAGUCAAAGCCAGCGGUGCAUUUGCAGCCGCAACAGCAUCAAUUGACGCCAUCACCGCCGCCCGGUAAGCCCAAUCCAGUGGUGCAUAGUCUACAGGCGGCGGGUCAAAUGAUGCCCGGCAGCAUUGGCAGUCCACCACCGAUGAAACCAGGACAGCAACAAGCCAACACUGCAGCUGCAGUUAUGCGUACCGCCAUACCAAACAUCAGUCCGCAAGGACAGCCGCGCGUCUCGCCGUUGGUGCUGCCGCCGGGUAUGCCCGGUGUGCCGCCACCCUUCGAUGCCAGCAUGCAUGAUCUGGGCGUCUAUGUGAGCGGUCGUUGCACACAGAGCCCGCCGCCCGCCCAUCAGCAGGCAUCGCCCAUAACACCGAAUGAUACGACACUUCGCGCUAUGCUGUACCAGCAUCACAUAAUGCGCAGCACUGACUACGAUGACAAAAUGAUCAGCAACAGUCCGCCACUGGAGCUGCGUCGCCCGGGCAGUGGACCGCCACGCACCAUUGCUGUGCCGCACAGCCUGCAGAGUCCACAGGAUCGCACCGCAGCUGACUCACCGCAGAUGGCUCAGGUGUAUGUGCACAAUGCUCGCAUUCCGCACGCCCAUUUCAGCGAUAUGGCUACGCGUGGCGGUUACUAUGAGAGCGCUGGCAUACAGCUGGAGCCACCGCCGGCGCAUCGAGCGGCGGCUUCGAUUAGUGUUGUGGUGCCACCGCCGCCAUCAGUCUCCUCCAGUAGUCCGUACAUAGGUGGCGGUGCCUCAGUGUCUGUCUCCCUGCAUCCCAGCCAGGCCAAGCUCUUGGAGCAACGCGAACGUGAACGUGAAAACGAACGUCUCUCAAUGGUGGCAGCAGUUGCCAAGCAGCAGCAGCAGGAUCAUCUAUCGUCAUCUGUGCUGCACGGCGGCAUGGAACUGCCCGGACAACAACAACAACAACCAGGUCCACCACCACAGCCAGCAAUUGCACCCCCACCAGGUGAUUCGCUUGUCACGCUGUUGCAACGCUAUCCAGUGAUGUGGCAGGGUCUGCUUGCGCUGAAGACCGAUCAGGCAGCUGUCCAAAUGCACUUUGUGCACGGCAAUCCGAAUGUGGCGCGCGCCUCGCUGCCCAGCCUGGCGGAGAGCACAACGCCCCUGUUGCGCAUCGCUCAGCGCAUGCGUCUCGAGCAGACGCAGCUCGAGGGUGUUGCUAAAAAGAUGCAGGUGGACAAGGAGCACUGUAUGCUGCUGGCUUUGCCAUGUGGUCGUGAUCAUGCUGAUGUGUUGCAGCAUUCGCGUAAUCUGCAAACUGGUUUCAUCACGUAUCUGCAGCAGAAGAUGGCCGCUGGCAUUGUGAAUAUACCGGUGCCGGGCAGCGAGCAGGCUGCCUAUGUGGUGCACAUAUUCCCCGCUUGUGAUUUCGCCAACGAGAAUCUGGAGCGUGCUGCGCCCGAUCUCAAGAAUCGUGUCGCCGAAUUGGCGCAUCUAUUGAUUGUCAUUGCAACCGUCUAGCCAGGCUAACCAGGCGGAAAGCUCCCAUCGGAUUUACAAAUUGAAACAAGAACAGCAACAACAACAACCGGCAAUUCCUUUAUAUAUUACCAGCCAGAACAAAUUAAUAACAACAACUGAGACAACAACCACAUGUAAAGUAAACAAAAUGAAAGCAAAACAAACAAGCAACCAAUAAUACAACAACUACCAACUACUACUACAACAAACAAAAACAAGUUACGCUCUUCUAGUAUUUUAAGUAAUUUUAAAUAGCGAUUAAACAAAACAAAAGUUUAAGGAAGCAAAAAGAAAAGAAAACAAAAGAAAACCUUAAAAAAUCUAAAAAAGUAAAGAAGAUGAAAGUAAAAAAUGCAAACUUUAUUGAAUAUAUAAAUAGAUGCAAGAGACAGAGACACAGAGAGAGGGAGAGAGUAAAACACAUUUGAGGCCAAACUCAUACUGUAUGUAAAAACGAUCAAAUGUUUGUUGGCAACUAACUAUUCACGAUCCAAUGUAAAUCCGUAAAACUAAAACAAAAAAACAACAACACGUAAACAGCCCAAAAAAAAAAAAAACCAACAACAAAUGCAAAUUGUAUUUGUCGAAGUCUUCAAUUCGUUUCUUUCGUUUACAUUUUUGUCUUUAAAUAUACAUAAUAAAUAAUUUAAAUUUAACAACUUUUUGAAAGCUUGCAAAGUAUAUCGUUAAGUUUGAUCUCAAGAAAGUUUUUAUUUUUUGCUUAAUUUAAAAUGAAAAUGAAAAUGAUAAUGAAAGAAAACAAAACAAAAAAAAAAGGAAAAACGAAUGUGAAUGAAAAAUGCUUAAGGAAAGAAAAAACCUAACUGUUUACUGUACUACAUACUACUACCAUUACAUACAUACAA